GAUAAUAUAUGUAAAGUUUUUUUGUAAACCUUAAAGCACUGCACAAAAUUGGUUAUCAAUAGCUACUCCUACUUCUAUCUAAUAUUACUACUAUAGUCCAGUUAUCUUCUGCCUUUUCUUGUAUGCAUACUUUCAUACUUUUUCUAUAUCCCUACAGCACUGGGUUUCACUCAGCAUUCAAUAUUCUCUAUAUUGCAUUAAUCUGAUAUCAUUGGAUAGCAUCAGAAAAAUCUAUUCCUGAAAAAAAAAAAGUGAGCUGUUGGAUGGCCUGUCUGCUCUGUUAGCAUCCAUUCAGCAUCAAGAGAACCAGAGGAAGAUUGCCAAUAGAUUGGAUGAAAUGCCUGUGGGGAAGGGGACAUAGAUGAGGGUAAAACAGAAUAGGUUGUGUAAGGUUUGCCCAUCAGAGUAUUAAGCCAGUUGCUUAUUUCCCCAUCCAGAUUGUGAGCCUAGCUUUGAGGACAAGGGAUGCUUGCCUUAUAAUUCCAUUCCAAUAAACAAGUAUUUUUAAAGUGCCUGUUCAAGACACUUAGAUACUGCUUCUGUGCUCCCCUAGAAGGGUCUGAUGCUGAGUAGAUAUUAGAUAGAAUGGGGAAGGGAGUAUUUAGAGCUGGAAGGGAUCUCAGAGGCCACCCCCUAACUCAAUCCUCUUAUUUUACAAAGGCCCAGAAAGGUUAAGUUACUCACCCCAGAGGUAGUGAACUCUUUUUUCCACUGCGCCAUAUUACUGGCAGCAUAUUGGCGUACAAAGGAUGGCCUUUGUUUCCAUGAGAAGCUCGGGGUCAUUUGGAGAAUUCUUUAGUUUCCCAAGGCAAUCCAACAUGCUCUCUUCUUCCUGUUCAAUCUUUAGUUCAGUUUAUUGUCCAGUUGCAGUGUCUCUACAAGAUAAAUGCACUGAAGGGUGACCUCUGUGAUUUUUUCCAAUCCAAACUGCCCAUUAGAGUCUGGACAAAAGACAUUCUUCAGUCACAUUGUUUUUCCUACAUGGAUAAUGAGUUAAAUAAUUUGAUGCAGUGAACAUAAUGUCAUCCACUACUAGGACUAUCUGAAGGACCUCACCAUCUCUAUGGAAUCCCUCUACCGCUUGGUCUCUGCCCUGGAUCUCUCCUCCAUGACAUUGGCAAACAAUCAUGUUGCUGGUGAGAAGAGGGUGCCAGCGAUGCCUGGAUCCCCCGUGGAAGUAAAAAUACAGUCCAGAUCAUCACCUCCCACCAUGCCUCCCCGGCCACCCAUCAACGCCGGUGGGCCCCGCCCGGGCUCCUUCACCCCAACAGCAUUGUCCAAUGGGAUUAACCAUUCCCCACCCACCCUGAAUGGCGCUCCAUCCCCACCACAGAGAUUCAGCAAUGGCCCCGCAUCAUCCUCAUCCUCUUCGCUCACCAAUCAGCAGCUUCCUGCUACCUGUGGGGCCCGACAGCUCAGCAAACUGAAGCGCUUCUUAACCACCCUCCAGCAGUUUGGUAAUGACAUUUCCCCCGAGAUUGGAGAGAAGGUUCGGACCCUCGUCCUGGCUUUGGUAAACUCCACGGUGACCAUUGAGGAAUUCCAUUGUAAGCUGCAAGAAGCCACCAACUUUCCUCUUCGUCCCUUUGUGAUUCCAUUCUUGAAGGCCAACCUUCCCCUGUUACAGAGGGAGCUGCUGCACUGUGCCCGGGCAGCCAAGCAGACCCCUUCGCAGUACCUGGCCCAGCAUGAACACCUUCUGCUCAACACAAAUACCACCUCCCCAGCUGAUUCUGCAGAGCUUCUCAUAGAAGUGCAUGGGAAUGGCAAGAGACACAGUCCUGACAGGAGAGAAGACGCCAGCUUUGAGCGAGACACAGUCCCCCCUGAGCCUCCUGCCAAGAGAGUGUGUACCAUUAGCCCCGCUCCCCGGCACAGCCCUGCUCUCUCCCUGCCCCUCAUGAAUCCUGGUGGACAGUUCCAUCCUACCCCACCACCUCUGCAGCAUUAUACCUUGGAAGACUUUGCCACUUCACACCUAUACAGAGACUCCACCAAGAUGCUGGAGCAUCGAGAAAUCCGUGGUGGCGGCAGUGGUGGAAGUAGUGGCGGCGGCGGCGGAAGUGGUGGCGGCGGCAGCGGUGACCGCCAUCAUGCACUUGGCUUAAAUGGAGGAUACCAGGAAGAGCUGGUGGACCACCGUUUGACAGAGAGAGAAUGGGCUGAUGAGUGGAAACAUCUCGAUCACGCUCUGAAUUGCAUCAUGGAAAUGGUAGAGAAAACCCGACGUUCCAUGGCUGUCCUGCGGCGCUGCCAGGAAGCCGAUCGGGAAGAACUCAACUUUUGGAAGAGACGAUGCAGCGAGAAUACAGAGACCAGGAAAGCCGGGAGUGAGCUCAUUUCCAGGCAGCACAGCCCAGGAAGCUCAGACUCACUCAGCAAUGAUUCCCAGCGCGAGUUCAGCAGUAGGUCAGGAACAGGCUAUGUCACUGAAGAGAUCUGGAAAAAAGCUGAAGAAGCUGUGAAUGAGGUGAAGCGUCAGGCCAUGUCGGAAGUGCAGAAGGCCGUGGCGGAGGCCGAGCAGAAAGCCUUUGAGAUGAUUGCAUCAGAGAGAGCCCGCAUGGAGCAGACCAUCGCCGACGCCAAGCGCCAGGCCACAGAAGAUGCGUUCCUUGUCAUAAAUGAACAGGAAGAGUCCACCGAGAGCUGCUGGAACUGCGGACGCAAGGCCAGCGAGACCUGCAGCGGCUGCAACAUUGCUCGGUACUGUGGCUCCUUCUGCCAGCACAAGGACUGGGAGCGUCACCACCGCAUCUGCGGCCAGGGGCCCCACAGCCAGAGCAAGCCACUCCUCCCCCCCAGUGGCCGCGUCUCUGCCACCAAAGCUGCCGACGGGGGGCUGAGCCCGGCCCUGGACAAGAGCUCGGCGGCCACCUCGCGGUCCUCGACCCCUGCCUCGGUGACCGCCAUCGACACCAACGGACUCUGAGUGGCCGCUCGCGGCUCCCCUGUGGUCGCUUCUUUACCCCACAACUGGCCUGGGUGGCCCCCGAGAAGGCAGCAGUUUCGGCUGAUAGAGGCUCCCUCAAACCCUUGGCACCCCCGAUCCCACCCGAGUGGGCAGCAGGGGCGGGGACAGCAACUUUCUCCGCCUGUCCCAAGCCCCGGGGAUGACUGAUGGCCACUCCCAAGGUCCCUGGCCAGAGCCGGCCUUCCUCGGCCUCCCUCCCCCAAGGCCGUCAGCCUCCGUGCCCGGCAGUGGGGAUCAUUGUGCCGCCCACUUCCCUUGGGACUGCCAGCUUCCCUGCCCUUCAGUGCCCCGGUUCCAAGCUUCCCUGCCUCCCGGUGCGCUCUUGAGGCUGUGGAAGGGAUCCGGUUCUGCAAGGAGCCUCAAGCCGCCUGCCCCGGCUGCAUUUACUUCCAAGCCAUUUGGUGAUGGAGACCCGCUCCAGCUGCCAGCCUCAGCACAGCUUCCUCACCCCGCCCAGGAGCCCCGAUUGAGCACCCGGAGAGAAGGUGACCCCACAAGCUACUUAAUCAUUGAGCCACACUGUUGGGCGGGAGUCCGGAAUCCCAGGCCUGACGGGACCUUCCACAAGGAGAAAAGCCACUGCCCUUUGCAUUCUCGACAGCUCCCAGAGCCCAGGGGAGAGUCAGCUCGGACUUGGAGGGAGGGAGGAGCUGAAUGUGCCAUGAAAUGCAUUUCUAGGAAGGGAUGUUAGUCAUCCCUGCCCUGUCCGAGCCGGAGCCUGCUUCUCACUGGCUCCUGAGGUGCAGUUUGGGACCACAAGGAGGAUGGAUUCUGAUUGUUCUUUGUUUGGGGCUAUGCAGAGAACGUCUUAUCCACUGCAUGGAAGAGAAUCCCUUUUAUAUUUCUAUAGAAAUGGCUUUUUUUUUUUUUAAAGAGUGAGCACAAGAGACAGAAGAGAGAGAAAUUGAAUUUAUCAUUAGCCCACUCUCUCCAAGCAUGUUGGCCAAAAUUAUGCCUGUCAAGUUUAGGAACUGCAGACCCUCAUGCCCCGCACUCCAUGGAUUGGAAUAUUAACUGUGUUCCAGAUCAUACUUAUCCAGGUCCCCGAGUUUCUUCCUGACGUGCCUGUGAGUCCAGGAAUAGUCUCACCUCACGCAGAAUGUGAAACAAACCGGCUGGGAUUAAUGCGGCCUGGCCCAGGGUGGCUAUGGGUCCUGCCCAGCCAGUCAAGCAAGGCCCUACAUUUGGGGGUUUUCUGGUUUUUGUUUUAUUGGUGUUAUUUUGGUUUUUGGUUUUUGUUUUAUAUAAAAGAAGCAUGUGCCACGUCCAAAAAGAUUUCUCCAGCUUCUGUGCUUUCAGAUACUUUAACAUCUAUCAUCUGUCUUGUUAACCAUCCACAGGCUACAUGGUGCUUUAUCAAACGGUCAGUCCAAUCCAGUGAGUGUGUUUCCUAGGUACUAGGGCCUAGGACCACACAGACAAAAUGGGGGGGAAAUGUUACUGGCCCUCGAGGGAUUUACAUCCUGCUAUUUAAAAGCCUUCUCCCUCCCAUCACUGCCCUGUUGAUGCAAGAAAUGAAAUAACAUUUCCUCUGAGCUCCUCCACCCCUAGGCGAUUUUAGGAAAAUCUCAUGGAAAACAGAGAAAAGCACAUUGCUAAGAGCCAGCCUGCCACGGCUGCCUGGUUGGAGCUGGGACAGAGGGAAAACAUUGAGCUCCUUAGGGAAACGUCCUUGGUCCUACAAGCCUUUCCCCAUUUACAAAUCCCUGAACCUUGUUUCUUGGGUGGGCAUGCAGGGGCACAUCUUGGCAUAUGUGACCAGUGUUACGGGUUCAGUAGAGGAGCACAUAGUGAGUAACCUAAGAGGCCCCACCAUACACAUCCUGUCUGCCAGACACAUCAGGCCGGUCAGCGCAAGCUACAGCAAGCAUCUAGUAGAUCAGAAGGGUCUCCUACCCAAAAGACAAAGAAGGUUCCAAAGAUUUGCUCCUAUCGCAGCGAGCAACCGAAGCCUGGACUGACAUCUCCUCACAAGAGUGAUACUUAAAACCCAAAGAGGAAUUGAUGACGGAGGAGGGGAAAAAAUGUUUCACAUGAGGAGCCUCAUUGAGUUAGGUUUACCUCACUUUUUAAAAGUCCAGCAAUGAUUAACCCACCAAACUUAGAAAACAAAAAAUCUUACUUUCUGAAGGAAGUUGCUGUGGAGUAAUAGUAGUAUAUUCAAAGUUAUAUUGGGUAAAACAUUAGAGAAAGAAUAAGGAGGUAAAGUAUAGGGUAACAAGAUCGCUUCCACUGGCAAUCUCUGUAUUUUGCAGUGAACCCCAGGACUGUCUGGCCAGUAAUUAGUGCCCGUUCCUAUGAGAGAGCUGGCAAUGCCAUGUGUAUUUCUCAGUGGAUUUCAGCCAAGCCAUCCCAGGGUAUCCAUGGUAACUCUAUAGAGAGACAGGGGCUAGGUAAUAAGAGAUAAGUCAAAUAGUCUCAGAACUGGUUGAACAAUUGGACCCAGGAUUCCACUAAGGAAUUAGUGGUUAAUGUCGAGUGGCGAGGGAAGAGUGUCUAGUGAUGGCCACCAGACACUGUCCUUCUCAACGUUUUUAUCAGUGGCUUUGAUAAAGGCCUUGUUUAUCCAAUAUGAAGCCCAAAAAAACUGGGGAAGGGGUAGCUAAUGUGCAGGAUAAAAAUGUCCAAUACAGGGAUUUUUCAGUAUGUUUCAAAAGGAUAGGCUAAGGGUUGAAAUUUAACAAGAAUCAGUGAAAAAUCUUGGAUAUUUAAAUUCACAUAAAUUCAGUGAAAAAUCAUGGAUAUUUAAAUUCACAUAAAUUCAGUGAAAAAUCAUGGAUAUUUAAAUUCAGAAAAUCCAUUACAUAAAUAGAGAAUUGUCUAAACCGACAGCCAUUUGGGUAACAAAAACCAAGAAGCUUUAGGAUGAACCAAGAGUGUGUGAUAAAGAAGCUUGCACAAUCCUGGAUUCCAUAUAUAGAAGUACAGUGCCCACAGUGAGGGCGAUGCCAUCCUCUGUCCUAAUCAGGCCCUACUGGGAGUAUAUAGUUCCCUUUGGGAACAAACUAGAGCCUCUCAGAUGGUGAGAGCCCAUGAACAGGGAUGUGCAGCCUGAGGAAAGGGAAGGCUUUGGGUGGGAGUAGGAAGUAGCACGGGAUUGAUGCCUUCUUUGGACUAAGGAAGAGAAAUUAAGAGGGCUUCCUCUUGGCCCCAAGGCCCGAAGGAGGAGGGGUAGGUGGAAGUUAUGGGGAAGAACCCUUGAGGAGCUGCCCAAGAACGGAGCAAGCUGCCUUGUUUGGGGGGCGAGCUCCCAGCCACCGGCAGUAUUUUGAGCUGGCUAGAUGACCUUCCAUCUGUAAUGCCAUAGGAGGGGUUCCUGCACCAGGUGAGGGAUGACCUCUAAGGUUUGCUCUGGUUCAGUGAAAACAAAGACUUUACCCUAAAUGCCCAUUUCCAAAGAUGAGGAAACCGACGAGGUGGGGGGGAGGCAGGGAGGCUGAGCAGCGUGCUCCCCAUAGGCAAUGCUCCCACAGGCAGUGCUCCCGUUACUCCAGGAGGCCCUUGCUAGGCCCGCUCCUGCCCCGUGUGCCCUGUUGCUUUGCAAUGUAUUUCUCAAACCAAAUAGGUGUGCUUGUGUGUGUCUGUCCGUCUGACUGUCUCUCCUUGGGUGAAAGCCCCAAAUAGCUGUGGGAAACGUGGGAAGGCGAGUCAGGGGUGGAAAGAAGCAGAGAGGGCGUGGGUCUCCUAGGGCCCCGGCCAGGCGUCUGCACCCGGCCUUCCAAGUUUCUGGGGAGGAAACCGGAGGGUUCUGGGUCUCAGGCGGGAUGAGAAUGGAAAUGAGGGGUGCUCCAGCAGCUCCCCACUGGGGCCUUCAAAAAAGCUGAGCAGGAGAAAACCACAGGACUGAGGAGAGGACAAGGGGGUGUUUUCUAUCUUCUUUGCCAUUUAACCUGAAUAGCAAUUUUUUUUUUUGUCGUUUCUUAAUUCCAUGCAUAACUUAUUUAAUGUCUUGUAUAAAGGAACCAAAAUUGUUAAAUAUGUAUUUAGUUUGUUCUACUUUAAGUAGUCAAUAAAAGGCUAUAUUCCU